AAAGCGCAGGUGUUCCUGAGCUGGGCUUGGAUCACAGGAAGGGCUCACACACUCUUUGAGAGCUGGUUACCUGUGUGUAGGAGCAGCUGCAAAGAUAAGAGGACACAGACAAAGUACUUGGCUACAUAGAGAGGGGGGGAAAAAAAAGAGAACUCCUUCAGUUUCUGCUGAAAACUUUUCUGCCUGUGCUUGCCAGCAGCGUGCUGGUGGCACUGUAGCAUGUUUAGGAAAGCUGCUCUGCCCACGGUCUCUAAUGGAAGCUACUUGCAGGGACAAGCUAAUGGCAAGUUGUCCUCUAUGGACAGCGGACAGCCAGCCCGGGAGGGAAAAGUUGUGCUGAAGAAGAAAGUGACGCUUUUGAGGGGGAUAUCCAUCAUAAUUGGCACUAUCAUUGGAGCUGGCAUCUUCAUCUCUCCCAAAGGCAUCCUGAAGAACACAGGCAGCGUGGGCAUGUCCUUGACUGUCUGGACAGUGUGUGGUAUCCUCUCGCUUUUUGGUGCCCUCUGCUAUGCUGAACUGGGAACAUGCAUUAAGAAAUCUGGUGGUCACUACACCUAUAUCCUGGAGGCCUUUGGCCCAUUACCUGCAUUUGUGAGGGUCUGGGUUGAACUACUCAUCAUUCGCCCUGCUGCUACAGCAGUGAUAUCAUUGGCCUUUGGACGUUACAUCUUGGAACCUUUCUUUAUGCAGUGUGAAAUCCCAGAACUCGCGAUUAAACUUAUUACAGCUGUUGGCAUCACACUGGUGAUGGUCCUGAAUAGCACAAGUGUCAGCUGGAGUGCCCGCAUUCAGAUGUUCCUUACCUUUUGCAAGCUUGUAGCAAUUCUGAUAAUUAUAGUCCCUGGAGUUAUCCAGCUAAUUAAAGGAGAAACACAGCACUUUAAAAAUGCCUUUGCAGGGAAUGAUGCCAGUGUUAUGGGAUUACCACUUGCUUUCUAUUCAGGAAUGUAUGCCUAUUCAGGCUGGUUUUACCUCAAUUUUGUUACCGAAGAAGUGGAAAACCCUGAAAAAAACAUACCCCUCGCAAUAUGCAUUUCAAUGAUUAUCGUCACAGUUGGCUAUGUGUUAACAAACGUGGCUUAUUUCACUACAAUCAGUGCUGGGGAAUUGCUGCUUUCAAAAGCUGUAGCAGUGACCUUUGCUGAACGACUGAUGGGAGACUUUUCUUUAGCUGUGCCCGUGUUUGUUGCUCUCUCCUGCUUUGGAUCUAUGAAUGGUGGCAUUUUUGCCGUGUCCAGGAUGUUCUUCGUUGCAUCCCGUGAGGGUCACCUUCCAGAAAUUCUCUCCAUGAUUCAUGUCCGCAAGCACACUCCUCUGCCAGCUGUCAUUGUUUUGCAUCCUCUCACAAUGAUAAUGUUAUUCACCGGGGAUCUCUACAGCCUCUUGAAUUUCCUCAGCUUUGCCAGGUGGCUUUUUAUUGGACUGGUAGUUGCUGGGUUGAUUUAUCUCAGAUAUAAACGUCCUGAUAUGCCUCGUCCUUUCAAGGUUCCUCUAUUUAUUCCAGCGUUGUUUUCCUUCACUUGCCUCUUCAUGGUUGCACUGUCACUUUACUCUGACCCAGUGAACACAGGGAUUGGAUUUGCAAUAACCCUGACUGGCAUUCCUGCCUACUACCUCUUUAUUGUAUGGGACAAUAAGCCAAAGUGGUUCAGAAAGCUUCUAGGCAAGGUAACCAUAACAUUGCAAAUCCUCUUGGAAGUCAUCCCAGCAGAGGAAGAUCAGAAAUCAUGAUCAUCAUGUACAGCUUUUGGCUUGGUGUUUGAUUUCUACCUGAAACAAAACUAGUAGGGAGAUUUAUCCCCCUUCCUAACAUGCUGCAAACUGGAGGAACAAGUCACAGUCACGAUGGAUACUGAACAAGUCAUUUACCAGAAUCUUCUUUUAUGAUACUGUUGCAAAAUUUUUUUUUGUCUACAUGUAGAAAGCAAGUACUUGUGCUACGAGGGAACUCUUUACUGUUUCUUUUGGUACAGUGUCUUAUUUUAACAAACUGUAAGUUCAUCAAACUGCAGUUUUGUUUGCCUUGUCCCUGAAGAUAGGUUCAAGUGAUGUGUAAUGGCUGGGUGUACCAUGAAGAAUGUAUCUUGCUUUCUGUCCCUGGAGAUCUCAACUCUCACCAGAGCAAGGGUGAGAUAAAGCUGCUGAAUUUCACAUACUGCAUUCUUCCCAUCACUCUGUUUGGCAGCUCGAUUUGACUUUUGACUCGCCGGCGGCCCCAGCACACAGAUGCAGAAGCACCACUCCCUAGCCCUUUGGGAUGGCAAACUCAUGGUUUCUUCAUUCCAGAGUUCUUAUACCAUCCCAACGGAAACAUCUUUUGGGAUUAAUAUUUCUGCCAGUGGGGCAGAAAGAUUUUAGCACAGGAAUUGUAGCAGUAAUUUUAUACAUGCUAAAUUUUUUCCAGGCUGGAAUUGAUCACUGGUUUUACCAGUGCUUGUGUAUCUACACACACAAAAUCCAGCAAGUUGAGCAAUGACCUUCAAAAGAAUCAAAAUAUUUUGAAGGUCACCUCCACUGCUGUAUGAAUAUUUCCUAUCUGGAAGCAUAUGGUCCUGCAGUUAUCAGUCAGGCAAAGCUGAUUUUAAAGUUUUAUAUCAGUGUUGGUGGGCAGAAAUAGAUGUCAGUUGGUGGGAACAUGGUAAAGACAUGACAAUAAAUGCAAUACUUUUUUAUGAAUAAUGUAUAAGGCAGGCUACAGCAGAUUUGCUGAUUUGAGUAGGAUAUGUGCCUGAUCUCUGGGCUUUUCACUCAAGCACACUCCAUUUAACAGAGCUUUGGAAUACUGAGGAACAUGUGCUUUUCCUGUCUUCUCAUGGGUUUUAUCUCAGCAGAAACAGAGAAAGGCGUUCAAAACUGAUAAAAUAAAAUGAAAUUCAUCUCCAGAACUAUUUUUAGCUGAGCUCUGUCUCAAAUAUGAGCUGAAAUUUUGCCCUUUUUAAAAGAUAAUUGUAUAGCUAAAGAAGUUUUUUAAUACUUAGAAAUUGAGUUUUAUAUUCUUAAUGACUACCCAACCUUAAGGUUAAGGUUUAUUAUCACUCCGUUAAGAAUAUAACACUUAACUAUUGAAUGCACUACUAUUUGAGCUGUCUGCUUUCAGCAAGUCAUGUUUCAUGAGAAUUCUUGUGGAACUAAGCAACAUUUAACUUCCUGAACUGGGAGAAAAGCACAACUAGUAGCCAGACCACUACAGUAAAGGGAGACUGUGUAUUGUGUGUGUGUUGUAUAUAUCCAGAAUACCUACUGCUUUAAAGGUGUACAGUAAUGUAUCUUAAAUGUAUACAUUUUUUUUGAUUUUGUAUCUCUGUGGUGGAAUUUCACAA